AUGACUACAUAUCAAAACUCUUAUGGCGCCUUCUUUUACAAAACCGUAUUCCCUACUGCUCGUAUAGUUAUUGUGCUGCUAACAGCAGUAGCCUUAAUACUGGGAAGUUGGGCAGAGACAUCCUCAACAGAUAAUUGUUCUCUCCACACAAACAUGGCCUUUUUCGAGGUGGCUUUAUCACGAAAUAUAUCUUUACUUGAUGCCACUCCAGACAAGAUUAGUCUUGGCCUGUGGAGACAAUGCCUUAUUUACGCCCGCAACUGUACAUGUACUCCUGUUCGACUGAACUAUGAGCUUGAUGCUCUAAAGAUGAUUUCGCUGGCGAAUCAAAAUAAUACCUAUGCAGUCGAUUUAUUGGCUAUCGACCGUCAAGAUACCCACCCAUCUACGUCCUAUGUCCGGGUCGUUCCACUCAUUAUGGGAGCCAUUAUCAUCAUUGCCUCUUUCACUCUUGGAGUGUGGUCCUACCGACGUUCCACCAGUCGCCUAAUUCCGUUUAUUAUUGCAGGUCUAGCCUUUGUGAGUGUAAUUCUAGUGGCCAUACCGUUUGGGACUACAUACACUGGCUGGACCAAGAAGAUCAUCCAGGGCUGCACUAUUCUCUAUGAGUCAGAAGACACUGACCUUAGAUGCAAUAGUUAUUCAAUUAAAUUUGAAGUUAUUUUAUUUGCUGUCGCAAUCGCAUUAGGGUUCCUAUCUUCUUUAUUCUGGGCUCUAUCUGCAAUUAGAGCCAAUGCAAAGAAGGAUCAUAUGGAUUCUUUGUCCGAGAAAUUAACACAAGAUAAUCCUGUGUAUCACAAACCAACGGUACACAAGCGGGCAGCUGCUAAUUCACCAUCGACUAGUAAACCUCGCCAGACGGUGCACCGUCCAGAUCAUGACGUAUUGGAUGUGUGGAGAGAUGUUACAAGACUAGAAAAAUUAGAGUCGCCUAGACGUGAUUAUACAAGAGAUGCCAGAGCAUAUUAUGAGCAUGACCAGCCAGAACUUCAUUAUGAAUACCCAAAUAACCCAACGUUACGGCCUCCGCCCCCAGUUGCCCAAUACACGCCAAGCGGCGAUCCCUCUUAUAAACACCAAAGCGCCCGUUCAAACGAGUCUUUUCAACGCAACCAGUACGCAGCAGGUAGUUCCAGUGCAACUGCUAACCGGAGACCCACAUCGGCAAACAAAUACUCUCCCGAUCUCGCACCAAAACAGCGGGCCCAGAACCUGUCAUCGACACGUUACGAUACAUCCCACACACUCGAGGAUGACGAAGACCUCGUCCCACCCGACCGUCCCUUUGCGCGUUCGCGGCAGACCCGGAAAGAACCAAGACCACCGAGUCGUGCGUCAAAUAAUACCUUUGGCGCUAAUGAUCCCUUGCGGACCUCACGUAAUUCUUCAUUUUUUACAUCCGAAGAUACCCUGCACCAAGCUCAACGUACCAUCUCUGAUUCAUCGUUUAUUACUUCGGGUCUAAAAAACAAAUCUCGUCGACAAGACAGCAAGGACUCUUCUAAUUCCUCAGCAUACUAUACACCAGGCCGGUCUGUCUACAGUUCUGGUCUUGCAGAAUCGCCAGCAAUAAGCAAUAGUAGCGGCCUAAUUAAUUCAGGGAUGAUUUCUGGACAUCAGAGAAGACGCAGUGAUAGCUUAGAGCUGACAGCCCAUGAGGAGGCUUCAGUAGAAAGCACAUUUAAUGGAAGCAAGACCAGUACAAAUACAACCAGAUCAACCAAUGAGGAUAUCCAUUCACCAUCAUCAGAACAUCCUUACCUUCAUCCCUUGAACAACAAGGUUAUUGUAGACCAGAGAAUUGGUGCUUACCUGAAGAAUGGGUAG